AUGAUGAUGGUGGUGGUAAUGCUGUUGGUCUCGAAGGUGUUGGCCCAGGGCGAUUUUGCAAUGCUUGAUCCCGAUGUGGCUGCUGUGGCUGAAGAUCCUGCGUUUAAUCCGUAUCAUGAGAAUGUACAAAUGGUGGAGACCGACGCGAAAGUUCGGGACAUUGAGAAAUUCGAUUUUGAUCCGUCGGAAGGUCUGACGUUUUACGUGACGGGCAAAAGUCGUGCAUGUUUUUACCAAGAAACCAAAGAGAAAGAGGAUGAAUUGAGUGGGGCUUAUAUAGUGAGCUCUGCUGAUUCUCAUGUUGACUUGGAGGUGAAGAAUCCAGAGAAAGUGACGAUUUAUCGUCAAUUGGGGGACGCAGAGGGACAGUAUCUUGUCAAACCCACACAAGCAGGAGUGUAUGAAUUGUGCUUUAUUAAUCCAGAUUCGGACAGUAAAGUGGUGACACAUGUGACUAAAACGCUCCAGUCACAGCAUCCUGUUGAAAAAGAACAUGUGAGUGUGUUGGCCAAGUAUGCGUCACACUUAGAUGUGCGUCUCGGUGAGCUAGAGUCUGAGCAGAGAUUGCAGCUGAUUCGGACAGACAGGCAUAUCCUCGUGGAGGAGGAAAUGAACAAGCGCGUCAUGUUCUACGGAGCACUGGAGUGCAUCAUCUACCUCCUAGUGUGUUUCUACCAGGUGUAUUACAUUAAGGGCUUGCUUGACAACCCGCAGAAAGCGCGGUCCUGGGUGUGA